AUGGCGGUGUUCCUUCCUAUGCUUGCUGCCGCCGCUGCAAACGAGCACCAAGUACUGGUGCCACGUGUGGUGGUAGUGACUGCCUUCCCACCGGAGUUGGCAAGGUGGAAAGCCCGGUUGCCUUUGGAUGAUGAGCUCCCUUUUCCAGGAGGGGCUGGUCUCCAGAGUCUCGCUUGGAACGGUUCCCUCCAAGUGCUGGCCAUGGUCACCGGCAUGUCAUCGAAAAAUGCGUCAUUGUCCGUGACUGCCCUAGGCUAUGAUCCCCGCUUCGAUUUGACUGCAGCGACAUGGCUUCUUGCAGGCAUUGCAGGUGUGGAUCCCAUGUUCGGCACAGUUGGUGGAGUCGCAUGGAUGCAGCGGCUAGUGGAUGGUACCGUUGCCAAGUACCUCAACGAAAAGGACAUGCCGCAGGACUGGGAAACAGGUUGGAUUCCCACGAAUCGAGAUCGACCUUACGGCUUGCCUCCCCAGUCGCCGGGGGCGCGGGCUGGUUCCGUGAAGCUGCUGGCUCCGAGCCUGGUGCAGUGGGCGCAUAGCAUUACGCAGUUUCUGAAGCUGCCAGAUCUGGAGGAAUUCCAGCGUGUGCGCCGACACUACGCCCCAUGCUGCGCAGCAGCUGCACAGGCUCCCUCCGUUGAGAUGGGAGAUUUGCUGGCAACGGAUGUCUUCUGGACAGGCCCAACGCAAGCAAGCUGGGCCAGAAACUGGACAAGUUACUGGUUGCCAGCGGGUGGAGAUGUGUGGGACCGGAAGGGUGUCUUUGCCAUGUCAGCGAUGGAGGACUUUGCGACAGCUGAGGCCAUCGAUGCCUUGCACCGAUCAGGGAGAAGUCGAGGUUUAGAAGCUUUGCUGGUGCUUCGUGCUGCGAGCAACUUUGUGCAGCCUUGGCCCGGGCACAGCACCGGGGCGAGCAUGGACUUUUUCCUAGAACCCGCCUGCGAAGCAGCUUUCUUGGUCGGCUCAGAGGUGGUCCAGAAGCUAGUCUCUGCGGGUGCACCCAGGACCUGCCCGGCUCUUCUUAACAGCACUGCGGCUGAUUGUCUAAUGGAACAUAGCGAAACCAUCGAUUGA